AUGGAUGCGGGAGAAGGGUCGCCAACGUCCCCUGGGCCAAAGAAAAAGCACCAGGCCGGGGCAGAUCCCGAGUCGGGGCGACCAGUGCGGCUGCCGGCGGGGGGCGCCUCGCAAAGACAUACCGACCUGGCGCCCAGUCCAGAUGAGGCGACGCUGGGCAGGAUAAUGGCAGCCUUUAGAGGCUCCAGGGAGCGGUCAAACGCCACGGGCGACUAUUUCAUGGGGGCGCCAGACCCCUUCGAAACAGAGUGCAUGGUGCCUCCAGAAGAGAUGCUGGACUGGCGCCGGCACAUUCUAGUCCCCCUACCGGGGCCGUGCGGCAUCCUGCAGCGCUCACUGGAGGCGUACUACGCCACGCCGCAGUGGCAGCAGCACAAAACUCGAUAUGACGAGGAGCAGCAGCUGCUGCUGAGCGAGCGGCAGCGUGUCAAGCGUGGGCAGCCGCACUCGCCUGGUUCUCGGUCGCCAGAGGCGCCCGGCAGCGGCAGCGGCAGCUGGAGUGGUCCGGGCCGCGACGGGCGCAGGGUAGCCGUGGGCCAGUUUGGCAUCGCGUUGAUGGCGCAGAUGUUGAAUACAGGCAUUGAAGAGUAUCACUGCAACCCCCUCGGUGAGACCGCCGGCGACAGCAACGGAGGCAGCGGCAGCCGCAGCGACGGCGGAGACAGCGACGUGGGUGGCAGCAGUGGAGGCGGCAGCAGCUGGAUUGCUGGCACGGCCGAGCAGAUGGCGGCGCUCCAUGUCUUGGAUGAAGCCGCCCAGCCCCCCGACAGCAUGGGUGAGCGGGAGGACGCGCGCAUGGAUGCCGCCGACAGGCAGGCAACGGCGACAGCCGAGGCGUUGAUUCGCGCCCUCCGACGCGAUUAA